AUGGGAAACCUACCAGAGUCUAGAGUAGUACCUUCCCCUCCGUUCGCCGUAACAGGUGUCGACUAUGCCGGGCCCUUUUGGACGAAACAAGGAUCACGUCGACCUGCAAUAGUGAAAUCGUACGUAGCAGUGUACGUUUGUAUGACGACUAAGGCUGUUCACCUGGAGGCCGUGUCCGAUUUGAGCACCGAUGCUUUCCUGACUUCUCUCCGACGACUGAUUGCUCGACGGGGCAUGAUUCGUGAGUUGCACUCGGAUAAUGCUACUAACUUCCGAGGCGCCAACCAUGAAUUAAGAGCAUUGUACCAACAAUUCCAUAAUCAACAAUUCGUUGAGUCGAUUCAGUCUUUCUGUAGCAGCCGUGAAAUCGAGUGGCACUUCAUCCCACCCGAUGCCCCUGCAUUUGGCGGCUUGUGGGAAGCGGCGGUGAAAUCCUGCAAAACUCAUCUUAAACGUAUUGUCGGUAACGUGAAGUUAACUUUUGAGGAACUGGCUACAGUCUUAGCACAGAUUGAGGCUGUCAUGAACUCCAGACCGCUGUUUACCAUCUCCAAUGAUCCAGCAGAUCCACUUGUGAUCACGCCAGCUCACUACCUCAUCGGUCGACCACUUACAGCUCCCGCUGAACCAUCGUUAGAAGAUGUCAAGGUUUCUCGUUUAAGCCGCUGGCAGCAUCUCCAACUUCUCCGUGAACAAUUUUGGCGUGCUUGGAGCCGAGACUAUUUAAACACCCUACAACCCAGGAAAAAGUACCUACGAGAGAUGCCCAACGUUCGUGUCGGCAUGAUUGUGCUACUGCAUGAUCGAAAUCAACCUCCUCUGAAUUGGAAACUAGGUCGCAUCGAAGAAGUCUACCCUGGCGAUGAUGGGCUUGUACGAGCAGUAGAUGUCUUCUCCAACGGUCACCAUUUUCGACGUCCAAUCAACAAGGUUUCAAUUCUACCGAUUGAGGACAACCCAUUAGUUGGAAACUUCGACGAUCGCCGAGUUCCGCAACCGGGGGAGGAUGUUCCGUCUCCCCACCAAAACUAA